CAGCACUACUUUUUAUUACGCAAGCGGAAGAAGAAAAUUAAAAUAUUUAUUUUACUUUUAGUUUUGACAAUAGUUUAAAUAAUAAAAAUAUUUUAAUAACAUACUUUACCUUUUAUGUUUGGUAAAACCCUUUGUCUACGUUUUUCUUUUUGUUAAGGUGUCAUUCCAAAGGAAAUCGUUACAUAUUUUCACGGUUUUGACAGGCAUCUUAAUCAAUGCCAUUCGCUAUCAUUCGUAAACAAACGACAGAUUGAGAGGCCGAGGCGGGAGUGUGGCAUAAACUCAUAGGUCGUCUGGCCAAAUUCCUGAACAGCCUAAACUUGUACUGUGACCGGGGAAGGAGAACUAGAAAUCACAGUGGUGUUUCUAUUUGAAACGUUUGACGCUUACAAACUACAGAAAAUGCCAUAUAGAACAACGAUGACUUUGUUAUGAUAAAGACAGGAUGAUGAUGGAGUGAUGGUUUAAAGAGGCUGUGUUCUCUUUGGAGACGCUUGCGAAGGGAAUGUUACGGUGGACGGUGCACCUGGAAGGAGGGCCGCGGAGGGUGAAUCAUGCUGCUGUUGCCGUCGGGCACAAGGUCUACUCCUUUGGGGGCUACUGUUCAGGAGAGGACUAUGAAACUCUGCGCCAGAUCGACAUUCAUGUGUUUAACGCUGUAUCUCUUCGCUGGACGAAGUUGCCUCCUGUACGAACCUGUGGAAGGGAACAUGCCAGGGAAGUGCCAUACAUGAGAUACGGACACACAGCAGUACUGGUGGACGAUACUAUUUACGUCUGGGGAGGGAGGAAUGACACUGAGGGUGCCUGCAAUGUGCUCUAUGCUUUUGAAGUCAACAAUCACAGAUGGUUCACUCCAAAAAUCACUGGGACAGUUCCGGGAGCAAGAGAUGGCCAUUCAGCUUGUGUCCUGGGAAAGUGCAUGUACAUCUUUGGAGGAUACGAGCAACUUGGAGACUGUUUUUCCAAUGAUAUCCAUAAGCUGGAUACUACAACAAUGGCAUGGUCAUUUAUCAAUGCCAGGGGUACCCCAGCUCGCUGGAGGGAUUUCCACUCUGCUACAAUGAUCGGCAGUAAAAUGUUUGUGUUUGGCGGCAGGGCCGAUCGGUUCGGACCCUUCCAUUCCAAUAAUGAAAUAUACUGCAAUAAAAUGAAAGUGUUUGAUACGGAAACCACCUGCUGGUUAGAUUCUCCAGCCACUCCAAUCCUUCCAGAGGGGAGGCGCAGUCAUUCAGCUUUUUCCUACAGUGGUGAAUUGUAUAUAUUUGGUGGAUACAAUGCACGACUUGACAGACACUUCAGUGAUCUCUGGCAAUUUAAUCCAGAGAGUUUCACCUGGAAGAAGAUAGAGCCCAAAGGGAAAGGUCCAUGUCCACGCAGGAGACAGUGCUGCUGUAUGGUUGGAGAAAAGAUUAUACUUUUUGGAGGCACCAGUCCCAUCAGAGGGACAAGAGGUUGGCAGUCCAACAACUUCCACGAUUAUUGCAACCCGUGUCCAGAACAGGGAAUGGGCGAUGAGUUUAACCUCAUGGAUCAUUCUGACUUCUACAUCCUGGACUUCAGUCCCAGUCUGAAGACAUUAUGCAAACUAGCAGUCAUUCAGUAUAGCCUGGAUCAGUCUGGCCUCCCUCAUGACAUCAGGUGGGAGUUGACAGCUAUGACAACCAACAGUAACAUCAGUCGGCCAAUCUUCUCUUCUCACGGCUGAGCCUGCAACUCCUGCUCAACAAUACGCCAACCAGAAAAAACAGAGGACUUGUGUGGACUUUGGGGUGUAUUCAUGGCAAAAUUGCUGUUCAUGCUUAAUUUUUUUUUUUUUUUUUUAAAGCCCUUUCUAGUUCGUAUAUAUAUAUAUGUGUGUUUGUAUGAAAAGCAAGGAGUGAGGUCUACUAUUAAGGGUAACAGUAGUUCAGUAUGGCAAUGCUUUUUGAACAAAACUGAGUUGACUUUGUGUCUUCUCAUAUAUUAUGUUGAAUUGAAGUUCUAACAGUGUUCUUAACCCAACCCAGUAAAAUUAGCUGAAGUUUAUUUUAUUUUAUUUUAUUUCAUUUAUGUGGGGAUGAACAGAAGAAAUUGAGUUUUCUAACUACAGUGUUUCUGGAAAUAGGCACAAGUCACCCACAUGGAUAACUGACUCAUCCAAUAGACCAGUAUACACAGCGCCUAUAGAAUGCAGACAAGAUACAUAGGAAACAAGGCAAAGGAUCAGUAUGAGAACAUUGCAUUUUGAUUGUAAAGAUAGUGAAAUAAAUAAUAUCAUAGCAAAAUAAAAGGUAUACCUAAAAUGUGCAUCUUUUGCGAUUGCCUGGAAAUGGUACCAAUCCGUCAUGAUUGCGGUGGCCUUUUGUAUUGAUGGUUUUCUUUAUUUUUUCUUGCACGUUUGGUGCUAUUAAUCAACACACCUGCACUAACCCUUUACAUUAUUUCUUUGGUGUCAGAAAUAGUAACAAUUUAAUGAAUACUGUACAUGGGCUGUGUACAGAAGCCCUAGGCACACUCUCUGAGGUGGGGUGUGUUGUCUUCCAUGUUCAUUUAAGGAACAGCAGUAUUCAAUCUACCCUGGUUAUUGAUCUCAAGGGCAGAGUGUUUAGCUUAAUCAAGAAAUAUGCAGACAAACAAAAACAACAUGUGUGUUUUUUUUUUGUUUCUGUUUUUUUCUAAGGAAAUAUGUGAGCAUAUUUAAAGGUUUUGUUUUUGUGCUGUAGUUAAUUAUUACAGUAGUAAUUCAUAAAAAUGGCUUAACAGAUAUUUACACAAGAUGAAACUGUGAACAUGUAUGAUUCCAUAAGAGUCAGGACACAGAUCUGCUUUGAAUACACCUACUUACUUACUGGUUAUAUGCAAAUGCUACCUUCAACCUGUACAUUGCCCUGUUGUAAUACACUUUUAGGGCACAACAUUCUGUACAUCAAGUAAUCUUCUUUUCUAUUGUUUAAUACUGAAUGUGAAAUCCACAGCAGGAAACUUAGGAUUUCUAUUGAGUUAACACAGUGUACUGUAAAUAUUGUACUGUGUUAUGGGACAUUCUUCAAAUGCAUUGUGUAUUUGCUUGGUUUUAGUACUUUUUAGUUAGUUUUCUGAUUCAUGGACAAGGUUUCACACAGUUGGUUAAAUGAGUAUUUUGGUUGAUUUUACUUUAGUUGUCAUUUACCAGCCAUUAUUGCCUUUCAGUAGUUAUCAAGGUAAAUGACUUGCCUGUUGAGCUAGCAAUGAGCCUGUAAACUAAUCUGGCUUUCCGACCCACCUGUUGAAUCCUUGUGUUCUGGGUGAGCAUAAUCUAUUUACUGCAACUGUCUCAUUUAAAACUAUUCUACAUCGUAUGCAUAUGCAGUUUUAUACCAGAACAGCAAUAUUCAAAGAGUCUGUGACCUUUUUUAAAGCAAUAAACAAUACUGCUCACUGAAAGUAAGAACUCAGUGGGAUAAAACAUGUCGGUAUUUUAGGACAAACUGUUUCCGAGUCUAAACUAAUGCCCUAGCAUUGGAUGAGUACGUUAGUGAGAUUUCAUUUGUUCAAGUGCCUUUCUGGUACAAAAGCAAGUAUUGUCAGAUCUUACAAAUAUAUAUUUUCAAUGUGCGUAUUAAAAAUAGAAAAGAAUAAGUCCUUCAUCAAAAUAAUGUUUCAUGACAAUCUCCAUUGCUCCUUUUUCCAAUAUUUUCUACAGCAUUUUAGUUUAUUAACAUCUCAAAACCUGUUAAUUUUUUGUUACGUUUUUUACUUUUGGCACGCGCUAUACUUUUAGGAUUAUGUUAUGUGUUUUGAAAGUGUCAACACACUUAAAGCCUAUAUAAAAGUGAAUUUUGGAGUUUAAAAGACCUUCACAAAUUGCAUGCAUCGAGUCUUCAAAAACAAGUGCUUUUGCUACUAAAAAAGAAAGUUGGGAAAAUAUGAGAAAAUAAAAAAAAAUAAAAAACCAGGAACUAAUGUGAAAGGAAAAAACUAAAGCUUGCACAAGUUCAUGUACAUUUCUUUCAAUUUUGUGUCAAUUUUUGUUCAUGUUACACCAGAAAAUUAGAUUAAUGUCUUUCUCACUGUAUUAUUCAAGGGAAGAUGUUGCGUACAGUGUUUUGUCAUCCCACGCAAAUAUCCUGUGGUUUUGAUAAAUGUAAAUUGUGCUUAGUAUCAAGUAGAUUCUCUUCUAAAUAUUGAACAAACCAUUUCACUGGAAAAACACACUUUUUUCUCUCCAUGAUUAUGCUUCCAAAAUUCCUAAUGUUUAAUAGGUUUUGAUGGAGGUUGGUGACAUACAGUACAGGACAAUACUAUACUAAGUUAUUGACAGAUUCAUCCAUAUCAACCAGGUAGAUCUUGCUCAGUUCUGCAAUUGAUAGUUAAAAUUGUUCUUUAACAUGGAUAGUAAAUAUGAAUGUACUGUAUGAUGAAUGUACAAAGCACAGUGAAAUGCCAUAUGGAGCAUGUGGGUAUAUCCUAGUCAUUUAUGUUUGUUUACUAUUCACAUUUAUUAUAAUUUAAAUGAAAACCGUCUUGGAUUACCUCACUUUGCAAUUAAAUGCAUGGUUUAAUUUCUUUGAUCUGCAUAAAAAAGAGAAAGAAGUGAACAUUAAAGAAUUAGUAGCUAGAAAGUGGUCCAUACAAACCUGGCUAAAUCCUCCUUAAGUUAAACUUGUUCCUCGUCAAUAAAUGUUUGAUGGGUGGGGGAGGGGGGCAGGGUUCAAUGUGGAAUAUCUAAAUAUAGAGAAUGCUUCACAUAAUCAUUUUUACUAUGGUAUAAUAGUGUAUUAAGGCGACUGUGUGACCCUUUUGAGGCCUGUUUUAAGUUCCAGUGGAAAUUUAGUAAAUAAUUUAACUUAACUGGGCACAGUGAAAUUUGAUCAGUUUUCCUAUCUGAUCUGUAACAUUAGUUAAGUGGGAAGCAUCCAUUAAUAGUGAUUUAGUUUUUAUAUAAAUAAUGCCCAGAGAGAUUAUAAGGUAGCCAUGCAAAAAACAAACAUUUUCACUCUCCACUGUAAGAUCUACAAAUUUAGGGAAGUUAUGCCCUCUAUAUCCAAGCAUUUUAUAGAAAUGUGCCAGACAAACAGGUCUGAGCCUCUCUGUAUCAAGGUACAUAAAGUCAUUUAAAAAUUGGCUAGUAGGCCCACGGGACAUACAGUUGUUUUUUAAAAAGUGUAUCAGCCAAGUUGAAACAAGUUUUACAGUGCAAUAUACUAUUUAACUGUAUAAUCAAUAAAAGGAUGCGAUUUACAAUAAAA